GCUGCUCUGUCCAAUCGAACGUGAAUCGUGUUAUACAAUAACAUAUUAAAAUAAACGACGCAAUUAAAGAGUAUUUAAAAUACAGCUUUAAUGUAUUUUGUUAUUAUGACUUACUAAACGAACGGUUAAUGUAAAUGAUAGCAUGAAGUAUGUGGCGCUACUGUCGCUGUUCUUGGCGAAUGUGGUGAAAGAGCCGACGCCGCUAGUGAAAGUGGGGAGCGGUCUAGUGAGGGGGCGAGUGAGUGAUAAUGGCAGGAUUUAUCAGUAUUUUGGAAUACCGUACGCUACUGUCACUGAGAAGAACAGGUUUCAGGCUCCAUUGCCGCCACCAAAAUGGGAUGGCAUCUUCGAAGCUAUCAACGAAAAUGUCCGAUGCCCACAAAAAAUGUUCGGUCCGAUCAUUUUAGGUGAUGAAGAUUGUCUAAAAUUAAAUGUAUAUACGCCAGCUACAAUAUCCCCAAGAAAACCACUCCCUGUAAUGGUAUUUAUUCAUGGUGGAUGCUUCUUAGAGGGAACUGGUUCAGCAUUUAUUUAUGGUCCAGACUUCAUUGUCGAGCAAGAUGUAAUUUUCGUCGGUAUUAACUACAGGCUGAACGUAGAAGGAUUCCUCUGUCUUGGUAUAAAAGAAGCACCUGGAAAUGCAGGUCUAAAAGACCAAAUAGCAGCUUUGAGGUGGAUUCAAAAAAAUAUCGCUGCAUUUGGAGGUGACCCUAACAAUGUAACUUUGUUUGGUGAGAGUGCCGGAUCUGUGUCGACUUCUUAUCUCAUUCUAUCACAGGCAGCCAGAGGAUUGUUUCACAGAGCCAUAUUACAGAGCGGUGCAACGAUAGCUCCUUGGGCAAUCCAGCAUGACCCUAUUAAAACAGCCAGAACAAUAGCGCAAGAAUUUGGUUAUUCGGGAAGCAAUCCUCAUGAAAUUUACAAAGUUUUAUCAACUAAGUCAAUCAGCGAAUUAAUAUCUGCUAUUAAAUAUUCGAAGCGAAAAAAGCUUGUAACAGCUGAAACGUUAUUCGUACCGUGUGUUGAAAAGGAUAUACCGGGCGUCGAGUCCGUUAUUACAAAAUAUCCAAGCGAAAUAUUGAAAGCUGGUAACUAUACAAAAAUGCCUAUAAUCAUUGGUUAUAACGAUAAUGAAGGUAUAUAUUUUACUGGUACGACCCACGGGAACAGCAUAAAGAAUGUUGACGAAGAAGUGAACCUGGACGAUAUAUUCCAGAGUGAUUUAAUAUUCCCGUCUGAGAUAACUAAAAAUGUUACAGUUAAGGCUGUUCUAGACAGAUAUUUUACACCAACAAACGAUGACCCUAUAAUGAACUUAGUCGAUUUAAUAUCUGAUGUUUACAUAAAAUAUCCAACGGCUCUAGAAUCCACGUUAUAUGCCAAGACAACAGAUCAGCCAAUUUAUUAUUACCUCUUUAAAUAUAAUGGAUACAUUAAUAUGCCAAAGAUUAUAUCUGGUUUCAUGUUUAAGCCAGGUGCGUCUCACGCGGAUGAACUGUUUUAUUUGUUCAAACCUCACACUUUUCCAUUGCCAACUAGAUUAUUUGAAAUGGAUAUGAUAAAACGGAUGGUGACGCUUUGGACAAACUUUGCUAAAUAUAGUGACCCCACGCCAAAGAUCACGAGCCUCCUUCCAGUGCGGUGGCGGCCGAGUCGAGCAUCGAAUCCCAUAGCUCUCAUCAUAGACAGUCGGCUCACCACCGCGCCCAUGUGGGAUGAGAACACCAUGAGCUUUUGGAACAACAUGUAUACUAAAUAUAGAAGAAAGAAUUACGGGUUUAGUAAUAAAAGCAAAAGUGAUAUGUUUUAAUAAAUAAAACCAUUCUAAGAAU